AUGUGGUUGGAGGGUCGGGUGGAGGACUCCAGCUCCUCUUCUUCAGACAGUUCCUCCUCUUCAUCAUCCUGCUCUGACAGUGAGGAUGACAAAAAGAAAAAGAAGAAGAAAGACAAGAAGAAGAAGAAAAAGAAAGACAAGAAAGAGGAUUCUAGCUCUUCAUCUUCGGACAGCGAUAAAGAUAAGAAGAAGAAGAAGAAGAAGAAGAAGAAGGACAACAAAAAGGACGAAGAGCAAAAGGAGUUCUGCUUUGUUAUUUCAGCAAUUGACGGUGAGAUUGCAGGACCGUGUGCUGAUGGAGAUAAGAAGAAAGCUGCGGACAAGGCCAAGAAAGAGCCGAAAGCAGCAGGAGAAGGCAAACUGCCCGUUUCAUGUGCAGAGGGAGCAAAAGCAUUCCCUGCUUGUAUUGAGGAUGGCAACAUGAGUGAUGAUGAGAGAGAAGGAGAGAAGUGCAAGGAUAAAAAGAAGAAGUUGAAGAAGAAGAAAAAGGGUUCUGGUUCAUCUUCAGACAGUGAUGAUGAUGAUGAGAAAGACAAGAAGAAGAAAAAGAAGAAGAAGAAGAAGAAGGAAAAGGACUCCUCCGGCUCCUCUUCUUCAUCUGAUUGCUCCGACAGCGAAGAUGACAAGAAGAAGAAGAAAAAGAAGAAGAAGAAGAAGAAGGAUAAGGAUUGCUGCUCUUCCUCCUCCUCUUCAUCCUCUGAUAGCGAAUGUGACAAAAAGAAGAAGAAGAAAAAGAAGAAGAAGAAGAAGACAAAGAAGAAGAAGGAUGAGGAUUCCAGCUGUUCCUCCUCUUCUGAUAGUGAAGAUGAGAAGAAAAAGAAGAAGAAGAAGAAAAAGAAGAAGACCAAGAAGAAGAAAGAUAAGGUGUGUGCCUUCAUCUUAGUGAAGGGGCUGUUAGGUUUUCGGGGCUCUGGAAGGAAGUGUGAGACAGUUAACUGCUUGGAGUGGAAACUGCUCCGCGGGUCUGUGGAUCACUGA